ACCUUAUUUCGCUUCGAGCUGACGUGACAGUUGAUUUGUUUGAUUAAAAUAAAUAGAAAAAAGAGAGACCAAGAGUGAAAUUCAAUUAUACAUAAAUCAAUCAAUCAAAGCAGGCGCUACCACCACACACAGAGUGUCCCCGGAAGACAUUGGCGCUGGACGUGAAGAGCACACGCAGAGAACGCAGUCUGCAAAAGUUGGAGCUGCUCGGUGAAAUUUUGUGGUUGGGACACUGCUGCUGCUGCUGUGGAGGCGCCCCCACCCCCCAGUUCGGAUCCAUCCCCGGCUCACACACACAACACACACAAGAUGCUGUGUAUACAAUAUUAGCGAUUAUUGAGAAAGUACGCGCAGACCCCCUCCAAAACACACACACAUACUCGACACACACACACAGACAGACCAGGUGGAAAUCCGCCUCAAAAGUCAGCCCGUAGGAGCCGCCGCCCGUGUGUGCCGGCAACAGAUUUUUUCGUUGAAUUAUUUAUGCUUUUAUAAACAAUACCACCCCACUCCACAACCCAGCGGAUAGAAGGUCAAACAAACACAGAAUAGUUUGUGUUGCUCCAGCGAAUGAGCAAAAAGAUUUCCCCGCAGUUAUAGUUUGGAGCUUGCGAUGGCAACAAGUAGAAGCGAAAGCCUAGUGCCGGACGCAACGCAGCUGCUGCAGCAGGAGCACAACCACGAGCAUCGUCAUCAUCAGCCAAAUGGCACUGCAGCAGCAACGAACGGCAAGGCGACAGCAGCAGCAUCCACGCUGAUGGCCAAUUCGGGUACUUUUAUGAAAUUUAAAACCUAUCUGCUGGCCCUGCGUCCUUGGUCGCUGUCCGCCAGUCUGGUGCCCACGCUGCUGGGCUCCGCUCUGGCCUAUCGCUCCCAGUGGGCGGAGGAGUUUUCGCUGCUCACCUUCUUCCUCACCGCCUUCACCGCGGUCACGGUCCACUGUGCGGGUAAUGUGGUUAACACCUAUUUCGAUUUCAUCAAAGGCAUUGACAAGCAGAAGGCUGACGAUCGCACACUGGUCGAUCACAUACUCACCAAGGAUGAGGUGGUCUCACUGGGUGCCAUUUUGUAUAUGGCCGGCUGCGGUGGCUUUGUGCUGCUCGCUGUGCUCAGUCCGGCCAAAAUGGAGCAUCUGGCACUGAUCUACUUUGGCGGUCUAUCGUCCAGCUUUCUGUACACAGGCGGCAUUGGUUUCAAGUACAUUGCCCUGGGCGAUCUGGUCAUUCUGAUACUGUUUGGCCCCAUCUCGGUGCUGUUCGCAUUCAUGUCACAAACGGGUCACGUCGACUGGACAACAAUGGGCUACGCCAUACCGCUGGCACUCAACACGGAGGCCAUCCUCCACAGCAACAAUACGCGCGAUGCGGAGAGUGAUCGCAAAGCGGGCAUUGUCACACUGGCCAUACUCAUUGGACGCACUGCCUCGCAUGUGCUCUAUGCCAUGCUGCUCUUUACACCCUACUCGCUGUUCUUCAUCUUUGGCCUGAAGUACUCGCUGUGGUUCCUGCUGCCACUCGUCACCCUGCCGCAGGCCUUUAAGAUCGAGAAGCGUUUCCGCAACGAACAGACCAUGCAUCUGGUGCCACGGCAGACGGCCAAGCUGAACUUUUUCUUUGGCAUUCUGUACAUCGUGGCCUGCUGCUGCGCCCAGCAGCUGCCCACGUUUGUGCUGCGCAAAGUUUAGGAGGAACGAGACGAUCCAUAAUCACAAAUCGCUGCAAACAUUUUUAGGGAAUUUCAUUAGUUUUUUUAUAGUCAAAUGUGGUGUAGCCUCUCGUCUCGUAUCGUAAGAAAACAACUGAAAAAUGUAAUUUUGUGUCAAUUUCGCGCAUGGCUUUUGUGUUGCACAAAACAAAAGUUUCGAACGCUUGCAACUAGUCUCCCAAACAACACCCAACACUUGUGGAACUGAACAUAUCCUAUGUACCCCCUACACCUACUAUUACUCUAUACUCGCUCUUAUUUAUUUCACCUUUCAUUUGUACCUCAAAGUGUAAUUUAUACUCUUCCUCCUCUCCACUCGCGCGCGUUGGUAAUCACGGACCAAAAUGGAUGUUGAUGUCAGUAAUCGGUAAACAAAUCAGCUUAUAUCUAGCUGAAUUGAAUUGUUAGUUAAAGUUAUAAAUCGUAGCCAUAAACAUACACAAAUGGUGCAGCAGUUACUUAAGUUUUUUGCCGUGUGCGUAUCGUGUCGUGUCGUGUGUGUUGUGUGAAUCAAAAUGCAGAUUUACUUUAUAGAAAUGCUUUGAAAUGCAGCUAAGUUAAGGUUAAUAUUUGUGUGGCUGGAAGCUGGCUUUGCUUUUGUUUUUUACACAUAUUAUAUACAACAUAUAUACAUACAAUAUAUAUAUAUAUAUAUACAUAUAUACAUCUAUGUAAGCCCAGUGUCUAGCAGGCAGGCUCAAGAGUGAGAAAUAACGAAAGCGAAAAACACAAAUUUAAAUUUAAAAUUUAAAGCAAAAGAAAAAGAAAAGAGGGAGAAUAUAUACACACAAAAUACACAAGUCGAAAGUCGAGCAACAAUUGUUUUCCAUUAACAAUAACAAAUAGCUUUAACAAAAGAAUAGAGA